CUGAGAAUCAACACUGGGUAGAUAUUGAGGGGAGAAAGAGUGUGUGUUUGUGUUAGAAAGAUAGAGACGAGAUAUCCCUGACAUUAACAACACAAACAAGAAGAUUAAGAAGAAGGGCGGACACACAAGGUUUUCUUUUUAAUAUAGAAAAUCGAGGGACAGGAAAGCGACGGGUAACCCUCCACCUCCAGUAGCAGUAUCGCCAUCUCUGCACUUGAGCCACUGCCGUGUCUUCCUUACGAUGGGAAACGCUGCUACCGCCAAGAAAGGCAAUGAGCUGGAGAGCGUGAAAGAGUUCUUAGCCAAAGCCAAAGAAGAUUUCUUAAGAAAAUGGGAAUGUCCAUCACAGAGUACCACUGGUCUAGAUGACUUUGAGAGGCAAAAAACCCUUGGCACAGGCUCAUUUGGAAGAGUUAUGUUGGUAAAGCAUAAAGGAACAGAGCAGUACUAUGCCAUGAAGAUACUGGAUAAGCAGAAGGUUGUCAAACUAAAGCAGAUAGAGCACACGUUAAAUGAGAAGAGAAUAUUACAGGCUGUGUGCUUCCCGUUCCUUGUAAGGUUGGAGUAUGCCUUUAAGGACAACUCUAAUUUAUAUAUGGUGAUGGAGUAUGUUCCAGGAGGAGAAAUGUUUUCACAUCUUAGAAGAAUCGGAAGGUUUAGUGAACCCCACGCACGAUUUUAUGCAGCUCAGAUAGUACUGACAUUUGAGUACCUCCAUUCACUAGACCUCAUCUACAGAGAUCUGAAACCUGAAAAUCUUUUAAUCGAUCAACAUGGGUACAUCCAGGUCACAGACUUUGGCUUUGCCAAAAGAGUAAAAGGCAGAACUUGGACGUUGUGUGGAACUCCAGAAUAUCUGGCUCCAGAGAUUAUCCUCAGCAAGGGCUACAACAAAGCUGUGGACUGGUGGGCACUGGGUGUUCUAAUCUAUGAAAUGGCAGCGGGCUAUCCUCCAUUCUUUGCUGACCAGCCUAUUCAAAUAUAUGAAAAAAUUGUCUCUGGAAAGGUACGAUUCCCCUCACACUUCAGUUCAGACUUGAAAGACCUUCUGAGGAAUUUACUUCAGGUAGAUCUGACCAAACGGUAUGGCAAUCUGAAGAAUGGUGUAAAUGACAUUAAGAACCACAAAUGGUUUGCAACUACAGAUUGGAUUGCCAUCUACGAGAGAAAGGUGGAAGCCCCUUUCAUACCAAAGUGCAGAGGCCCUGGGGAUACAAGCAACUUUGACGACUAUGAAGAAGAGGACAUCCGCGUGUCUGUUACAGAAAAAUGUGCAAAAGAGUUUUCAGAUUUUUAGAAUGUGAGCGAGGUUGCAUCAGGGCUCGUAUAUUGGGAUCUUUGCACUCUGCUAAGAGAUGUGGUGGAGCUGAGACCAUCAUAUUUGUUAAAACAAUUACCUAGUUCCUUCAUUCCACAAGGCUGAAUGAAGUCCUUAAUGCCAUGGUCCUUGAGCGCAGUUAGCACUAACCCUCAUACACAGGCACAUUUAAGCAGACACUCCCUGUGCUGCGAUACAAAAUACUAGACCACUUUCUUAACUUUUUGUUUAUUUUGAGUUCUGAAGCAGUUGUCUUUGUCUUUUAAUGUUGUUCUCCUCCCCCCUCUUUUUUUUAAACAAAGUGGUAUUUUACAAAAGAAAAAAAACAUUUUAUGUCUAUUUAAUGAUUGAGUGAUUGUAUCAGAAGGUGUUGCACUUGGUGUGAUAUAGGUUGAAAUGAAAGAAAGGUGUUGCUUCUAGUGUUUGCCAACCAACGGUUUUUGUCUUUUACGUGUCUGAGACUUUAAAAGUUAUUAAAGAAAAAUAUUCUCGUAGCUCAGACUAGAAUCUAGUCAACAUUCUUGGCAUCUUUAGGAAGUAGUACUUGUUCUUUGUGUGUGUAUAUAUAUAUAU